UGGUACUUCUCAAGGAUAUAGCUAUUUUUUCUCCAUGAAAGAGUGGGCCCUGCUGGAUUGUAAGCAGAAAGUCCUACACUGAGUGGUCAUGAAGGAAAACGCAAGGAAUAUGGCCUCCGUCGGUGAUGGAUUGAAGAUAGAGGAUGCUGGCCAAGAGUUGGCAACACCUUUUCUAACAGCUAAAAAGGAAGUUGUGGAAAGGAUGAGUGAAAAGGAAAGGCCUAAGGAAAAGGAGUUAAAGGAGGAGUUGGGAAAAUACUCUAGUUCUCAAUAUGCAGAUAUCAACGUUUUCUUGCACAAUGAUGAUCCCCAAGAAAAAGCAACAUGUCCAGAGUGCGGAAAAAUACUCCGAGAUGAAUUGGGAUUAUGUGACUGUUAUAUAAGCCAUUCCCUUACGUUUCAUAAAAACAUUCCCAAAACAGAGGAUCCAUACCAAUGCCUGGAAUUUGGAGAAAACAUCUGUCAGAAAAAUCACCUGAAUUCACAUCAGAGGGACCACGAAGAAAGGAAGCAGCAUCAAUGCAUCACCUGCGGAAAGAGCUUCAGAAGCAGCCCAGCCCUUACUUCCCACCAAAGCAUCCACAGAGAGGGUAAAACAAGGUUUACUCGGAGCAAGGAACCAAAUUCCAAGGAAAAAAACCCCACUGGGAAUAAUUCAUGUAAAUGCCUCGAAUGUGGGAAGAGCUUCCGCUCUGCAGCUCACCUCACUUUCCACAAUAGGAUCCAUACAGGGGAAAAACCAUAUCACUGCACUGUGUGUGGAAAGAGCUUCACCCAACUUGGCAAUUUCAAUUUACAUAAGAGGGUCCACACUGGAGAGAAGCCAUAUAAAUGCACAGAGUGUGAAAAAUGCUUCAAAGCCCCCGGUGCUCUUACUUGCCAUAUGAGGAUUCACACAGGGGAGAAGCCCUAUGAAUGCUUGGAGUGUGGAAAAAGCUUCAAUAGACUUGAAACGUUAACUAAACAUAAUAGGAUGCAUAAAGGGGAGAAACCUUAUAAAUGCCUGCAUUGUGGAAAGAAUUUCAGUCAAAAAGGUCAUCUUAAGUCACACGAGAGGAUCCACACAGGAGAAAAACCAUUUCAAUGCAUGGAGUGUGGAAAGAACUUCCGUGUUUCAACAAGCCUUACUGCCCAUUACAGAAUCCACACAGGGGAGAAGCCCUUUCAAUGCUUGCAGUGUGGAAAGUGCUUUGCCAAUUCUGGUGGCUUUCAUGCCCAUGAACGGACCCACACAGGGGAGAAACCAUACAAAUGCCUGGAGUGUGGAAAGAGCUUCAGUAAACCCAGCCACCUAACUUCCCAUAGAAGUAUACAUAGUGGAGAAAAACCAUAUCAGUGUACCGAAUGUGGGAAGCACUUCAGUCAAACAAGUAACCUUAAUACCCAUAAGAGGAUCCACACAGGGGAAAAGCCCUAUAAGUGCACCGGAUGUGGCAAAUGCUUCACCGACUCAGGGGCUCUCGUUCGCCACAAAUGGACCCAUACUGGAGAGAAACCAUUUGGAUGCAAGGAAUGUGGAAAAAGCUUCAGUCAAAAAAAAACUUUCAUAAUACAUUACAGAAUCCACACUGGGGAGAAACCAUACAAAUGCACCACAUGUGGAAAGAGCUUUAGGGAUCCUCAAGAGCUUGCUUCCCAUGAAAGGCUCCACACUGGGGAAAAACCCUACAAAUGUGUGGUAUGUGGAAAGGGCUGUAGGACCACCAGUGACCUUAGUUCCCAUAAGCGGAUCCACACAGGUGAAAAGCCCUAUCAGUGUGGUGAAUGUGGAAAGUGCUUUAGUCAAAACAGUUCCCUUAAUAGCCAUAGAAGAAUUCACUCAGGAGAAAAACCAUAUAAAUGUAUGGAGUGUGAAAAGUGCUACACAAAUAGCAGUGCUCUUAAUUACCAUAGGAGGAUACAUACAGGUGAGAAAUCCUUGGAAGUGUUCAUAGUUAGGGAUGUUCAUGAAAUACAUUGUGGUUUUUCCUUCUCCCUGUGUCAGAAUUUAGUUUCAUUUGAAGAUGUAGCUGUGUUUUUCUCCGUGGAGGAGUGGGCCCUGCUGGAUUCUGAGCAAAAAGCCCUGUACCAAGAUGUCAUGCUGGAAAACAAGAGGAACAUGGCCUCUUUAGGACAAGAUACUGUACUUUUCCAUCAACUCUUUCUUAGGCUAGAACUGUCUUCCCAAGGAAAGCGACCAAGUUCUACUCCAGCUCAACAUGGAGCAGGUGACGGAUGGGAGAUAAAGGAUUCUGGCCAAGAGGCAGCAGCAUCUUUGCCAAAAGAGAAAAAGGAAGUUGCAGAAAAGAUAUAUCGAAAGCAAAGUUCUGAGGAAAACCAGUUAACGAGUGAGCUGGAAAAUUGGUCUAGUUUACCUUGUCCAGAUACCAAUGUCUUAUUGGACGCAGAUGAUUGCCAAGAAAAAGAAGUGUGUUCAGGGUGUGGAAAAAUACUCCGAGAUGAAUCUGGAUUAUGUGACUGUUGCAGAAGCCCUGCUGGAGGGAAACAAAAUGAAAGCAGAAAAAACUUUGGAAGGACUCUACCUCCUCCUAUACCUGAAAGAAUACAAGGAGAGAAAUGGUACAAAUGUACAGGGUGUGCAGAAAGCUUCAGUACAAGCCUUUCUCUUGCAUUGCAUAAAAAGAUUCACAAAGCAGAGGAUCCACACAAAUGUCUGAAUUGUGGAAGGACCUUCAGGCAGAAAAAUCAUCUUAAUUUACAUAAGAGGGUCCACGAAAACAGGAAGCAGCUUCAUUGCAUCACCUGCGGAAAGAGCUUCAGAAACAUCGCCUCACUUACUUCCCAUCAAAGCCUCCACAGAGAGGAGAGGUUGUAUAAAUGUAGGGAGGGUAGAAUGAAGUUUACUCAGAGCAAUGAACCCAAUUCCCAGAAGAAAAGACCCACUGGGAAGAAAUCAGGUAAAUGCCUAGAAAUUGGGAAGAGCUUCCACUCUGCAAGUGACCUCACUUACCAUAAUAGGAUCCAUACAGGGGAAGAGCUGAAUCAUUGCUUGGUGUGUGGGAAGAGUUUCAUCGAAAAAAGUCAUUUCACUUUACAUAAGAGGAUCCACACUGAAGAGAAGCCGUAUAAAUGCACAGAGUGUGGAAAAUGCUUCAGUGCCCCCAGUGUCCUUACUUGCCAUAAGAGGAUUCACACAGGGGAGAAACCCUAUGAAUGCUUGGAAUGUGGAAAGAGCUUCAUUCAAAAAGGUCAUCUUAAGUCUCACGAGAGGAUCCACACAGGAGAAAAACCAUUUCAAUGCAUGGAGUGUGGAAAGAGCUUCCAUUUCUCAGCAAACCUUAAUGCCCAUCACAGAAUCCACACGGGGGAGAAGCCCUUUCAAUGCCUGCAGUGUGGAAAGUGUUUUUCCCGUUCUGAUAGCUUGCAUGCCCACGAACAGACCCACACAGGGGAGAAACCGUACAAAUGCCUGGAGUGUGGAAAGAGCUUCUGUAGAUCCAGCAUCUUAACUUCCCAUAAAAAUCUCCACAGUGGAAAGAAACCGCAUCAAUGCACUGAGUGUGGGAAGCGCUUCAGUCAAACAAGUCACCUUAAUAUCCAUAAAAGGACCCACACAGGGGAGAAACCGUACAAAUGCCUUGAGUGUGGAAAGAGCUUCUGUAGAUCCAGCACAUUAACUUCCCAUAAAAAUAUUCACAGUGGAGAGAAAUCACAUCAAUGCACCGAAUGUAGGAAAUGCUACCGUAAUCUACAGAGUCUUACGGUCCAUAAAAGGACCCACACAGGUGAAAAGCCUUAUAAGUGCAGUGAAUGUGACAAAUGCUUUAGCAACUCAUGGUCCCUCAAUCGCCACAAAAGGCUCCAUACUGGUGAGAAACCAUACGAAUGCAGCACAUGUGGAAAGAGAUUCAAUGCUAAAAAUAACUAUAUCAUACAUAGCAGAACCCACACUGGGGAGAAAUCAUAUCAGUGUCAGGAAUGUGGAAAACCAUUCAGUGAGUCUCAAGAAUUGAAGAUCCAUAAAAGGAUUCACAAGAAGAAACCAUAUAAGUGUAUGGAGUGUGGGAUGAGUUUCAGAAGAAGUGGUUACCUUUGCAUCCACAAGAGGAUCCACACUGGGGAGAAACCAUAUAUAUGUAAUCAAACGUAAUAAUUGGAGAGAUGGUGCUGUGUUUGCACCAUAUAGCAUUGGUUGUGUUUAACUGAUUUCUGCUCUAAGAUACGAUAUUGAUUGUGUGUAUUUUUUAUUAAUGCCCUAACUUGGACAGUAGCUAAAGGCUUAGCUUACACAACUCAGAUACAGACUCUUUUUGAUAAGUAAAUUCGACAAUUUAGGGAACCAGCUGUAGAAAAUAGAGGUGGCCCUUGACUUAUGACCACAAUUAAGCCCGAAAUUUCCGUGGCUAAGCAAAAGGGUUGUAAAGUGAGUUUUGUGCCAUUUUACAACUUUUGCCACAGUUCAAUUAGUAAUAUAGUUUUUAAGUUAAUCUGGUUUCCCCAUUGACUUGCUUGUCAGAAGGUCUCAAAUUGUGAUUACAUGACCGUGGGACACUCCAACUAUCAAAAACACAGGCCAGUUGCCAAGUGCCCAAAUUUUGAUCACAUGACACGGUGAUACUGCAACAGUUGUGUGAAAAAAAAAA